UACUAAAAUAGACAGUCAGACGGCUCUACUGUAACCGCCAACAACUCGCUAAACGCGUCACAUGUGCUAAAUCUAACCGUCGUUGCUAGGCACGUAUCACACAACUCAAUAUCAAUCCGAGUCGAGCAGGUGUAGAUCAUUUCACCGAAAGAGACCGCGUGCACGACCCACUUUCCGUUCCACCAACAAGCCGAUCGAGUGCGUCUCUGUUCCGCUUAUUCAAGGGACGAAUCGCUCUCCAAACAACUCCAAACACCUCUGACAGGCAUGCGAUGUCGACUCGACCUCGUCAGGACCCACCAGUGAACGUGCAAGGGACGUUGAGACGGUCGAAACGGUUGAUUGAGAGAUUUGGUGACAAGGAGGCGGACGACGAGCCGAGCGUCAAAGUAACUAAGCGUGAAAGCGGUUCCUCAAAGUUUGGUGGUAAACGGAAGCGCACAUCUACGGUUGCUGAUCCUGUAGUACAAGGGCAGGAUUUAUCAUCCGAGGAAGAGUUUCAGGCGGUACCGUUGAGUAAGCAAUUUAGGGCUCAAACAAAAGCGCAAGCAGCGAGUGUUCAAGGGACGAAACACAAGACUGUGAAAGGCGGGAAGUCAACGGUUGCUUGGAAAUCAUCCGGAAAACAGAAAAGUAAAGUAACAGGCAAGAACCUUUCUCAGGACUUGUUGACAAGUGUUUCUUAUAAGAGCGAGGUAGCUAGUGUUAGCACAAGCAUUAGCAUCACGGGUCAGUCAAAGAGUAAGUCAGAGGGCAAACCAUCUGCUGGUGAACAACCAGCUGGCCAGUCCAGUUCUAAAUCUCAAGAAGAGAGUGCAGACAGUAAGAGUGCAGACAGUAAGAGUGCAGACAGUAAGACUCCAGCCGGUGAAUUUCACUCGUUGAGGUCCAGACUCCGAAGUCUAUCAAAGAGGAGACGUGGUAAAUCGACUGCAGAAGCUGACAAAGCUGAUUCUGAGCCAAAGAAAGGCUCACAGCUGUCAGCAACAGUAACUACUAAAGACACGGGGUGCUCAACUAGCUGUUGUCAAGGGUUGGCAGCUGAUCAAGCUGCCAACCCAGGUGCCGAGCUUCUCUCAUCAACUGGCAUCACUGAUCAACCGAGUUCAUCAACUGAUCAUCUUGGAUGGUCUGAGAGCCGACGCAUAGCAAUGAUGGACAGUCAGUCGACUGAGACGUCUAUGGAGACGAGCCAGUCUGCUAGUGCUUCCGCAAUGACAGAUGAAGGUGGUGACUUGGUUCAACUUCACGCUUUGCUAGAAGCUCGUGGUCUUAGACCUGAACUACUGGAUGCUCUCGGAGCUCGAGGGAUGCACCAUCUGUUUGGACGUCUACCUCCCAUGUCGAGCACCAGUGGCACUAUGAGCCGAGUCAAUCAACUGAUGACAGGGAUCGAGGCAUCUCACGACGAAACACUCCAACUGCAAUCAGUCAUCGAGUUAUGCCAGAUGUUGGUGAUGGGGAACGAAGACACUCUAGGAUGCUUUCCUGUGAAACAAGCUGUUCCAGCAUUGAUACAGUUGAUGCGAAUUGAACACAACUUAGACAUGAUGAAUCAUGCCUGUCGUGCAUUGACAUACAUGAUGGAAGCUCUUCCUCGUUCUAGUGCUGUUGUUGUCGAUGCUAUUCCAGUCUUUCUAGAAAAGCUGCAAGUGAUUCAGUGUAUGGACGUUGCUGAGCAGGCUCUGACUGCUUUGGAAAUGUUGUCAAGACGACAUGGGAAAGCGAUUCUCAAUGCUGGAGGCAUCAAUGCGUGUCUUUUAUACUUGGACUUCUUUUCUAUCAACGCACAACGAGCUGCUGUCACUGUGGCUGCAAACUGCUGUCAGUUUGUGACUGUGGAAGACUUCCCACGCAUUGUUGAUUGUAUACCAGUUUUAUCGGCUCGACUACAAAAUAAUGAUAAAAAGUCUGUGGAGAGUUCAUGCUUGUGCUUUACUCGGCUGGUUGAUAGUGUUCACAGUCAGAAUAAAUUUCUUGUUGAGCUGGCAAGUCAUGGAUUGCUGAGUAAUCUGCAACAGCUGAUUAUUAUCUCUCCAUCCAUUAUAACCACAAACACGUUCACCAUGGUGAUUCGGAUGCUGCACAUCAUGUGCUCUCAUUGUCCUUCAUUAGCUGUGCAACUGCUCAAACAAAAAAUGGCAGACACGGUGAGAUAUCUUCUAGUUGGCACGAGCGAAUACACAAGCAGUGAAAGCCUAGAGUUGGUUUCUCGUUCUCCCGGCGAGCUGUACGAACUGGUUGCUCUCAUAAGUGCAAUGCUUCCUACUCUUCCAUCAGAUGGCAUCUUUUCUAUUGAUGCGUUAUUGAAGAGUGCAGAGAGUGCGGCCCAAUCUCAAAGCAUGUGGCAAUGGAAGGAUAAUUCGGGUGUGUGGCACCUAUACUCACGAGCCGACAGUCAUGUGAUCGAACUUGCAUUUCAAGCCGGAGAGGAAGAAGUGGCCGUGACAAUCAUGGGCAGAAAUUAUGCUAUAGAUUUCUUAGCUUUGCAACAGAUCAAUGAAGAUACAGGAACUUCGCGUGCCAUUCAGAGGAAAGCAGUCGUCAAUAUUUCACCUACUCCAGUGUUGACGUCAAGCGAGAGUCGAGUUCAGGAUGAUCGAAAUGUAGCGUUUGCUGAACAGAAUGAGAUUACAGCAAUGUUCAUGAAGUCAUUGUUUCCGACUUUGUACUGCGUCUACAACUCUUCUGCUGGUCCGGGUAUCAGACACAUGUGCGUUGCCGGUCUCCUCAGGAUGCUCUACUUCUCAAGUCCUGAAGUCUUGAAUGAUGUGCUGGAGGCGUACCCAGUGUCAAGUCAAGUGGCAGCGUUGCUUGGAUCGCGUGAUCAGAAGGUUGUUGUCAGUGCCCUUCAGAUGGCGCAUAUUCUUAUUGAGAAGCUCCCGGAUGUCUUCAAGAUUUACUUCAGAAAGGAAGGCGUCAUGCAUGAGAUUGAACGGCUUGCCGCUCUCGCUACCUCAACACCCGAAACAUCCAACUCUCACAGAGCCGCCACAGAUGCCGCCAUGACUGACAAGACAUUUCCUUGUGAAACGAAUGACGACGAAAUACAAACACAAGAGCUACUGAAUCCAUCACCAUCACAAGCAUCAGCAUCAUAUUCUCCACCAAUGACGAGAAGACGUUUCAGUGACAUGCUAAGGAGACGCCACGCGAGACAGACAUCGAAAGACGACUCGAGUCCACCUCAGUCUAGAGCAAGUACGUCCGACUUGACCACCAAAGGGUCAAGCGUUGGCCGCACGUUUCGUUUCGGAAAGAAACUAAAGGACGCUGCGUCUGGUAAGACUACGGGGAGUGUGAGCAGCGGUAGUGGAGAUAAGGAGAAAGUUGCCCUAUGGAUCAAGGAAAAUGCGGCCAAAUUUUUGUCUGUUUGUGCAAGUACCGGCGCUCUGUCUGAUAAUCCAGCUUUGAACGUGCUGGGGAGAUUAGAGAAAGCGGUGCAAGAGUUGAGACCAGGAGGGAAACCUGAAGUUAAUCUAACAGCUCUAGAGGAGAUCCACUCUGUAAUAACCGAUCAACAGGUCAGCGUCUCGUCAUUUGAGAUCCUUCAUUGUGGUCUUAUUCCCAAACUACUGAGUUUCCUGACGUCUUCAUCUCGUCGAGAUAAGAUGCCUCGUUCCGAUCGAGCUCAACAGUUUUUGAGAGUCUUCCUUCAGCUGACUGGACGGAAAGAUGACUUCACUACGCAAUCUACGGUGCUAAAUCUUGAUUCAUUAACCACCCUUAUCCACAAGCUUCACGGUUGUACCAAUCAGUUAGAACAGUUUCCAGUGAGAGUUCAUGAAGGAGCAAGCAGUACUGGACUAGCAAGGGGAUCACAAACGAUGCAGUUUUUUAAUACUCAUCAGUUGAAGUGUGUAUUACAGCGUCAUCCUUCUGCUCGUUGUCUUCGUGAGUGGAAAGGUGGUACGGUUAAAGUUGAUCCACUGGCAUCAGUGCAGGCAAUAGAACGGUAUUUGUAUGUACGAGGAUAUGCAAAACCUCGUCAGGGUGCAGAGAGUCAGAGUGAAGGCGAUGAAUCUGAAGACGAGAUAGACGAUGCCAUGGCAACCGCUUUUUCUGGUCCAGGACCACAUCAACACAAGUUGGAGUUCUUGCUGAAUGGAAACAUUCUAUCAUAUUCCAUGACAGUUUUCCAAGCUGUAAAGCAAUACAGCAAGAGAGGCGACGAGACCGAAGAGUCUGGAGACGAACACAACUUGUUAGGACGACCAAACAUUUGGAUAGACACUCACACGAUACAGUACAGACCCACAGACGUUCUAGAGAAGGAGCUACAAGACAGUGGCUUGAUAAGUCUUCUUGAUAUGCUGCCGAAUGUGACACCGUCAUUGACAGACUCGAGUAGAGCGUCUGCGUCUAGUGGCAAAGGAAAGCGAGACAAGGCAUCGACGAAGGAAGUGAAGUCGAGUGUGAAAAGAAGCGGAAGGAGACAGGGAAGUGGACGGACGAAACGAGGAGCGACGUCGACGUCAAAGGUUAUUACAGCGAAUGAGAGAAAGACGUCGGUGGAUCUCAGCAGUGAUGGCAACAAGGCACUUGCUGAUCAUUUGCUUACCACGGCUGCCAUCAACUCUAUUUCAUAUAAUGACCCGUCGACUCCUGUUCUUAAUCUCAUCCACGUUUUGCACGUUCUGUCUGCUCAUUUGUCUGUAUUCUGUGAUAGUUGUAGUUCGAACAGUUCAGUUGUUCUUGCACAGGAGUUUGUCAAUAGUAAGUUGACAGCGAAAGCGACGCGUCAACUUCAAGAUCCUGUUGUGAUCAUGACUGGAAACUUUCCUGUCUGGCUGCUAGAGCUGUCAAGAACAUGUUCUUUCCUUUUUCCGUUCGACGUUCGUCAACAGCUACUGUAUUGCUCUGCAUUUGACCGUGACAGAGCGAUGGCCAGAAUACAAGAACUGCAACCCGAACUCGCUGCCCACGAGAGCAUCGACCGAUUGGUUACGCAGCUGGAGAAACGAAAGCGGAGUGUGUCGAGGUCUGACUUAUUCAAACAGGCAGAGAACAUUAUGAACGAGUUGUCGUCGUCUAAAGCCGUCUUGGAAGUGAACUUUAGCAGCGAAGUCGGUACUGGACUUGGGCCAACACUCGAGUUCUACACACUUGUGUCACGAGAGCUCCAGAGAGCCGAUUUUAACAUGUGGCGUGGUGAGAUACUACCACUUCCUGAAGGAACAGCCGUAAUGGGAGACGCAAGUGAUUGUCUGUAUGUCUACUCACCAAAUGGCCUUUAUCCUGCUUGUAUUGGCAAAGAGUGUGACAAAGAUGUGCAUGCAGCUCUACUGGACAAAUUCUCGUUUCUCGGCAAGUUUCUUGCUAAAGCUAUUUUAGACUCACGAUUGAUUGACAUUCCGUUGAGUACGGCAUUCUACAAGUGGAUUUUGAAUCAAGAGGCGACGCUGAGCAGAUCGGAUUUGCAGGAAGUUGAUCCUGUUUUGGGACGCUCAUAUACUCAGUUGUGGGAUGUGGCUGUGAAGAAACAGGCGAUUGAAGAUGAUUCUCAGCUGCUGCCUGAGGAGAAGGACACUAAAAUCAAGGAAUUAACUGUCGAUGGCUGCUCGAUUGAGGACCUUCAUUUAGAUUUCAGAUUGCCGGGGAACGAUGCAAUAGAACUGAAGUCUGGUGGGAAAGACGUUGUCGUGACGGUGGAAAACCUGGACGAAUAUCUUCAGCUGUUGUGUAGGUGGAGUUUAGUCGACGGUGUGGCCGAUCAGUUUCAGGCCUUUCGGGAUGGAUUUAAUGCCGUCUUUCCACUUUCUACACUCCAGAUGUUUGAUCCUCACGAGAUGGGGGAAUUGCUGUGUGGAUCAGAGCACGACAAGUGGGAUUGCAAGGGUCUUGUAGAGCACUGUCGUCCCGACCAUGGUUACACUCAUGACAGCCGUGCUGUUCAAAUGCUGUUUGAGAUUAUGAGUACAUACGACUCACAAGAUCAGAGGUCAUUCUUGCAGUUUGUGACCGGAAGUCCACGACUACCAGUUGGAGGAUUUAAGAGUUUGAAUCCACCGUUGACUAUUGUUCGUAAAGCCAUCGAGUCGCCUCUCAAUCCUGACGAAUUUCUACCGUCGGUCAUGACGUGUGUGAACUACCUGAAACUUCCCGACUAUUCAUCGCAAGACGUCAUGAGAGCCAAGCUUCACCAGGCAUCGUCCGAAGGCCAGCAGUCUUUCCACUUGUCGUGACUAAUACGCUGCUGCGAGAUUCUCGAAUGGACUGAAUUGUUGGGUUAGAGUUGUAGUCAUUCUGUAGGUAUUGGUUGUGUAUAGAUAGAUGAACAGUCUAUAUAUACGUCUAUUAGGUAUAUGUGAAGUUUGGCUAUGAGACGCUUACUGUGUGACUUGUAUAAUUUGCUUGCUUUUGAGUUGUUGUAUAGUGAGUAGAGGGAUGUCUGGUAAUGCA